AUGGCGAGCAGGACGAAGAAGCGACGCAAAUCGCAAUCACCGGCUCGCGAUACAGCCUCGAAAAGACCGCGCGUACGUUCGGCCAGUAGCUCGAAUCGCUCACAACACGUCGAACGCGAUGCGCACUCGUCCCGCGCCGGAUCCGCCAGAGAUGCAUAUUUGGUGCAGAAGCAAAGCCAGUCGACAAUCUUACCCAGCGGAGAAGAUUGGCUAUUCCGUGUGAAGGUGAUCUCGUCUGCAACGGACCUCGGCAACGAUCUGUCCAAGAACGCAGUACAAGGACUCGUUCGAAUAUGCUUCCCUGAAGGCUUCUUGGACCAGCUAGGGCCGCAGAUACUGGAGCGACAUAUGUGCGAGGAAAAGGCGCCGGAAGUGAACAUACGAAGGAUGUCAGAAAUCUUCUGUACCGAGAUGACCGAGCGUGUAGCAUGUAUGCUUGCUGAGUAUCUGGAUACACCCGCCAAGGUCGAAUCAACGAUGCAAGCUACGCUAGCAGCUAGUGUGAGGCUCCAUGGGGAUGAUCUUGGAGAAGAUAUUCUGGGACACACGAUUACGAGCCUGCUCCAAUUCAAAGCAAAAGCUUUGAAGGAUUCGAUGGGAUGCCUAGCGAACAAUGACGAUGUACAAGAAUCGGCCGGCAGCGAUGGAAAUAUGAGUACGGGCAACGUCUCUGAUGAAAAGCAUUCACCAUCAGAGAAAAAGAAGCGACACAAGGAUCUGUCUAAGAAAGCAAAGCGUGAGCAUACUGCGGUGAGAGACGAUUCUCCAGAAGUCGCGAAUAUAGAGAUCGAUUUGCCAGCCACUUCGAUUGAACACCGCGCCUCGAAACAUAAGGAUAAGAAGAUCUCUUCCAAGUGGCAAUGGAAUAUUGAUGCGACACAGCUCACGGAUGACGAUGUGGCUGAAGCUUUCCCACGCACGAGCGAUCUGUUCGCCUAUCAUGCAUUGCCCAUUGCUAGAAGAAAACUUGGAUCGCAAGCAUCGAGGAAAGAGAUCCGAUGUGAGAUGCAGUCGUUACUCGAUGGCAUGCCUCAAAAUGAGUUCGAGAAGUGGGUUGAGAGCUUACAAAAGCUCCUCAACGGCGAUCGCGAGAUGCUAGCACGACAAGAUGUUGCUGUUUCGAGCGUUGACCAACAACUCUCUCGUGCCACACUAGCGCCAGUCGACCUGCGUAGAAAGGCUGGAAAGAGUACGACAACACUCCUAAGUGAUUCAAUUAGAUCAAAAGGACGCGCGAACAAUGUUAGAGAUGAUUAUGAGGAAACUCUUAUCAAACGCGAGACUGCUAGAGGAUCAAGCAGAGUGGCAGAGGGCUCAUCGAACACCCGCAUUGCGGAAGCAACAGCUGCGCUUCGCCAGUUGUCUACGGAAGAACGCGAGUUCGGUCGGCCACAUCCCAGCACUGAAGCAGCGGACGGGCAGAACCCUCAAAAUCUGCAAAGUAGUGGAAACGUUGACAGUGCUUUCGGUAUGCCCAUACUCAAUCUGCUAUGGGGAUCGGACAGUCUGAACGCAACUGAAUGCGUGGACGAUUCUGUCAGGAUCACACAAACGAUUAUGAGAAAUCUCAAACAUCGCGUCUCCGCAGAACGCAUAGUCGUGAGUGGCUUAGGAGGCAUGAACAAGACUCGCACAAUAUCUGAGCUCCAGGAUGCUAUCGUCCAUGCAUUCCCGAGACCCGGUCAUCACUACAGCUUCAUGAGGAUCAAGAAGGACAUCGAAGCGGCUCUCGUUCCGUGGGUCAUUGCGGAACCGAGCGCUUUCCCUGAACUGAAGGCUAUGCCUUUCGUCUUCGCUCAUACUGUUCCGGCAGUCUCAGCAGUUCUUAGUCUGCUCUUCGGCUCUUGGUCCGCUGCGUCCGAGUUCAGUGGAUCUGAGAUGUGGGAGGAAAUCUUAUAUGCUCUCCAACGACGAGGCAUCUCUGAAGCAUCUGUGGGUGCCGCCAACAUCGACUGCUUGCAGAUUGACAGUCUUUGCGACAAGACUAGGCAUCCAGAGAUGACAAGACGUGCUUUACUUGAACGCGUCCUGCGUCGCUUGGCCUUCUCGCAUAGAGCCAAGUUCCCGGAGCUGAAGGGUACGCCUGUUGUGACGACGUGGGAGAGGAAGACAGGAUUGACAUGGUGA